UACUCGAUGAAAGUGGCCGUCGCGAGCUAGUAUUCACUUGUGAUACAACUAUACUGUAUCGAAACUUUAAGUGAGAUAAACAAGCGAAGGGUGUAAAUACUUUAGAACGAACAGCGAAAGUGAUUCAGAUGGUAUUCUAUAUAAGUGAAAUCGAAAACAUUCCAAUUAUAUUAUGUGUCUGCUUUUGUACGGUUUUGGCGAAAAUAUAAAUUAGAAAAGGUGGCAAUAUGAGCUCGAUUGUGAACGUGGCGGCUGAUGUGAUAUCUGGUUCAGCGAUCGCAGCCGCAGGUACGCAGGUAGCAUGGUUCAUCCCUAUGUUGUUGGCUGCUAUAGCGUACUACCAAUACGACCAGACUGAUCCAGAAGGUCGACCAGCAGAUGUGUCCGAUACAGAGAUGUUGCCAGAGUAUGACUUCGUCAUAGUGGGAGCAGGUUCUGCUGGUGCCGUGGUGGCGAAUCGUUUGUCAGAAAUCGGGAAUUGGAGAGUGUUAUUGCUGGAAGCGGGUGGAGAUGAGACGGAAAUAUCUGACGUACCUCUCUUAGCUGGAUAUCUGCAGCUCAGUAAGCUGGACUGGAAAUAUAAAACUGAGCCGUCGGGAACAACUUGUUUAGCAAUGGAAGGAGGUCGUUGCAAUUGGCCUCGUGGGAAAGUCCUCGGUGGCAGUUCAGUUUUGAACUACAUGUUAUACUUGAGAGGAAAUAGAAAAGAUUAUGAUAUUUGGGAGUCCAUGGGCAACAAGGGUUGGGGUUAUCAAGAUGUAUUAUAUUAUUUUAAAAAAUCUGAAGAUAACAAAAACCCAUACUUAGCACAAACCCCGUAUCACAGUACUGGAGGCUAUUUAACAGUCGCUGAAGCUCCUUAUCAUACUCCAUUGGUGUCUAGUUUUAUCGAAGCAGGUUUAGAAAUGGGAUAUAUGAAUAGAGAUAUUAAUGGAGAAAACCAUACUGGAUUUAUGGUUGCUCAAGGCACUCUUCGUCGCGGAGGCAGAUGUUCUACGUCAAAAGCAUUUCUUAGACCAGCCAAGGACCGUAAAAACCUUCACAUUGCUAUGCACAGUCACGUAACAAAAGUACUAAUAGAUCCCAGAACGAAAAUUGCUUUUGGAGUAGAAUUUGUACGUAAUAAAAUGAUCUAUCGAAUCAGGACGCGGAAAGAAGUUAUAUUAUCGGCCGGAACCAUUAAUUCAGCUCAAUUACUUAUGCUGUCAGGUAUUGGUCCAGCAGAAGAAUUAACAAAACAUCAUAUACCAAUAAUACAAAAUUUGAGAGUUGGCAAGAACUUACAAGAUCAUAUUGGAUUAGGAGGAUUAGCUUUCAUGGUUAACAAAAAAAUUUCAAUUGUAGAACACAGACUUCACACAGUGAGCACUUUGAUGGAAUAUGCGGUAUUAGGCGAAGGUCCUUUAACCAUUAUGGGAGGAGUUGAAGGUUUAGCGUUUGUUAAUACUAAAUACGUUAAUGCAUCUGAUGAUUUCCCAGACAUAGAAUUCCACUUUAUCUCUGGCUCUACAAAUUCUGAUGGAGGUGAACAGUUACGAAAAGUGCAUGGAUUGUCCGAUCAGUUUUACGACGCCGUAUUUCGACCAAUAAAUAACAUGGAUGUCUGGAGCAUCAUACCAAUGUUGUUGCGCCCAAGAAGUAAAGGCUACAUACAGUUACGUAGCGCAAAUCCCUAUGACUAUCCCUAUAUAUAUCCGAAUUAUUUAACAGAUGAAAUGGAUGUUAAAACAUUGAUUGAAGGCGUCAAAAUUGCUGUAGCCGUAUCCCGAACCAAAGCAUUCCAGAGGUAUGGUUCUGUACUGAACAAGCAUGUGUUUCCAGCAUGUGCGACAAUACAAAAGUAUACUGAUGCGUUUUGGGAGUGUAUGAUCCGGCAGUAUACUUGUACGAUAUACCAUCCAGUGGGGACAGCUAAAAUGGGACCGUAUUGGGACCCAGAGGCUGUCGUAGAUCCCGAAUUGAGGGUUUACGGUGUGAAAGGCUUAAGAGUCAUUGAUGGCAGCAUUAUGCCUACAUUAGUAAGUGGUAACACGAAUGCUCCGAUAAUCAUGAUUGGAGAAAAGGGGAGUGAUAUGAUCAAGGAGUUCUGGUUGAAAAGAAGAAGAUCUAGAUAUUACCUGUGACGUUAAUGUACAAAGUAUUCCGUUGAAUGUUCAUAUCAGUAUUAUAUUGUAAAUAGUUAAUUUAUUCAUGUUAGUUGGUAUAUUUAUUUAUUUAAUAGUGAUAGUGUAAAUAAAGACGACAUUUGUUAAUGCCGGACUCGCAAUAUUACUAACAUUUGAAAUUCAAUACUGAAGAGGAGUAAUUUUUUGUGGAAGAAAAUGAAAAAAAUGCUGUGAUUAUAUUCGUGAUUAGGCUCAAUUUUGUACAAAUUGAUUGUUUUUUUUUUUUUUUAUUUCACGCCAUAUAUGUUGGAUUAGUAAGGUAGCAAAUGCAUAUGUGGCCCUCCUUAAAAAAAUCUAUUACUAACUUUGUGGCCGGCAACACUUGGUUAAUUAGUAAUCGGCUAUAAAUUUUCUAUAUAUACUCCGUACUAAUUCUGAGCUACUCCACUUUGACUAAUUUCUAUCAUAUAUUUAUUUAGCCGAAGUCUAUAAUUGGGAAGCUUACAAAUGAAAAAUAUCGCUAACGCCCCACCUCACUUAA